AUCAUUUCCUGUUCAAGGGACACAUAUAACACGCGUGUAGUGAUUGCCUGACAAACAAUGCAUGCAGCACAAUGGAAUCUCUGUCUGUGUAUCACGGGGCCAUCAGCCGAGAGACGUGUGAGAUGCGUCUGUGUGAAGCGGGCAGAGACGGCAGCUAUUUAAUCCGAGACAGUGAGAGUGUUGCUGGCGCAUACUGCCUCUGCGUUCUGUGUAAUGGUUUCGUCUACACGUACCGGCUCCAGAGAGACGCCGAGGGCUCCUGGGCGGCCGAGACAGCACCAGGACAGAAUAAGCGCUUGUUCAGAAAAGUGAAGAAUUUGAUCAGCGCCUUUCAGAAACCGGACCAGGGCAUCGCUAUCCCCCUCCUGUACCCCGUGACCGUCCAGAAGCCCUGCUAGAAGGAUCCUCAUGACCCUUGACCUCCGAAACUAACUACACGCAUGUGACAUUAUAUCAUUAUAUGAUCAUACUUUUUUACACAUGUGGAUUUCUGUAUAUAUAAACUUAUUUGUAUAAAAGGAAAAACAAAAACCUCA